CCAGUUGCUUCUCGCUCACUGCUUUCAAAGAGGUUGUGAGCUUGUUGAGAUUGUGUUGUGGGGUUUAUUUAUUUAUUUUGCCUUUUGACGGAAUUUAUUGUUAAACAGCUGACGCUGCUACGUUGAAAUGGCUGAUCAGCUGACAGAGGAACAGAUUGCCGAGUUCAAAGAAGCAUUUUCGCUCUUUGAUAAGGAUGGGGAUGGUACCAUCACCACCAAAGAACUGGGCACAGUCAUGCGUUCUCUGGGCCAGAAUCCCACAGAGGCAGAGUUGCAGGACAUGAUCAACGAAGUUGAUGCUGACGGUAAUGGCACGAUAGACUUUCCAGAGUUUUUGACCAUGAUGGCAAGGAAGAUGAAGGACACAGACAGUGAGGAGGAGAUCAGAGAAGCAUUUCGUGUAUUUGACAAGGAUGGCAACGGAUACAUCAGUGCUGCUGAGCUGCGCCACGUGAUGACAAACCUUGGGGAGAAGCUGACUGAUGAGGAGGUGGAUGAAAUGAUCAGAGAAGCAGAUAUUGAUGGAGAUGGACAGGUCAACUAUGAAGAGUUCGUACAAAUGAUGACAGCAAAGUGAAGGCCUUGUACAGAUUUCGUAUAUAAAUUUGCCUUUUUUUCUUUGUGUAAUUUAUCUGUAAAAUCUUAAUAGCCCCAUUUGUCCCUGCCCCUUCUGCUGUCCAAAGGAACUGCAUGUAAACUGCAUAGGCUCUUGUCCCAUGUCCCUUUCUUUUGCUGUCAUGGUUUGAAGUGACGGAACAGUCAUACAGCCAGAAGCCUGUGGAGGCCCCUGGGAGCUGGAGAACUUUAAAAUCUUCCCGUCUUGUGUGCUCUGGGUCCUUCCACGCAUGGCGACAUUGGAAACCUGUCAGCUGGUUGUCACUGGGCAACACUGUUGGCAUGGAAAUGAUGUAGAGGAAUUUAUAACUCUGCAUGGACUAUGGACAAAGUAUAUAUGGAAAAAUCUCAGCAUUGCACUACUGCAAAAAUGACACGGGUGUAUCUCCUAGGUACUCGUACAAACUUUUUGUAUCUGCUGUUCUAUAUACCAGAAAAUAACUCUUACCAUGCUUUUUAAUGUUUUACACACUCUUAUUUUUCUUAUUGGCCUCUGGUCAUGCCUCAAAUAAUCCAUUCCAAGUUGUAUAUUUUUUUUUUUCCAAUAAAAUUUGCAAUUUACCCGGA